UGUAGAUGCAUUUUUAUACCAGUUUGAACAGUUAACACUUAAUUCACGACGCCAUCAAGCGAAAAAUGUCGAACGACAAGAUCGAUGAUUUGUUUGAUAAAGCUGCGAAACAAUUUAACAGUAGUGGAAAAGCACUAGAUCAAGAUACGGUUCGUCUUCAAGAAUGGCUGGAAACACAACCGCAUCUUCCAAAAAUGUUGGACGCACAAGCUCUAAAAAAUUUUUUACUCCUCAAUAAAUGCAGUUUCGAGAUUACGAAACAAAAAAUCGACAACUACUAUUCCGCUAGGUCAAAAGUACCAGAGAUAGCGUUCGAAAUGAAUCCAAAACGUCCCUACUUUAAGGAAUUUAAGGAUAUGAUAUAUUUCGUGGAUUACCCCCAAUUAACGGACGAAAUGUACAAAAUUACUUAUUUCAAACCAAAAGGGGAAAUCAUCCCAGACAAGUACGAACCUGUAUACACCACGAGGAAAUAUCUUGUUAUGCAGGAGCUAAGACUGAGGUGCGACGUGAUGCAUGGGGAUAUUCUGGUCUUCGAUUGCAAAGGACACACGUUAAAUAUCGCUCUGAAAGCUACACCGGUGUUCAUUUAUAAAACCAUGGUGUUACUCUAUCAACAAAUUUUCUCCAUGCGUGUUAAGGCCGUACACGUAAUAAACAUGCCACCAUUUGUCAAAACAGUAAUAAAUUUAAUAAAAGGUGUCUUGAAGCCAAAACUUGCCGCAAGGAUUUAUAUUCACUCAGACGAAGAAGUCUUGAAGAAACUCAUUCCUCUGAACUUGCUUCCUGUCGAUUUUGGAGGGGAGGGAUUGUCCUUACAAGAACUGGAAGAUGAUCUAGAAGCACGGUGUGUGAAAAACCAGGAGUUGUUUGAUCGUUUGGAUGAAAUUAAAGUAGAUGAAAGUUUGAGGCCGGCGAAACUGGAAGAUGACGACACCUUAGGGGUCUAUGGUAGUUUUAAAAAACUAGAUAUCGAUUGAAGCAAAAAAUAGGGACUUUUUUAUUUUUGUUUAGUUUUUUGACGACAAUGUUAAAUAAAAACUUUCAAGUUUUAAAA